AUGCUCAAGGACAUUGCCACCGACUUGGGCAUUUCCACCACCUCCGGCCAGUCCAUCUAUGCGGAGUCAUACAAGCUGCUCAUUCACGAGGAAGGCGCCAUGUUCAAGGCGCAUACCAGACACGGAGAAAAUCCCCGGCAUACCACAAUCUACAAAACCUCCGAACACAAGCAAUCUUGGGCCUUCUGGUACUCUGACGUCUCUCACGAAGUCCUCCCAGUCCACUCAGGCCACCACAUCGUCCUAACCUUCAACCUGGCCAUCAGAUCCGCAGGUCAAACCACCACCAUCCCCCGUCCCAUGGCCCCCUGA